AUGGUAUACAUUUGUGCCAAGUUUGAAAACCGUAAGAGGGAAUCGACACGCCCAAAGACACCCAAGGACACGAAAUUUGACUUGGAUACAGAUUUCAUCGAGCGUGAGAUCCCAAAGACAUUCCCAAGAGCCGACGUGAAAUCGGGGGCGGGACGACACAUCGUCUUUGCCACCGACCAGCAACUUCAACUUCUCUCCAAUGCCAAGACGUGGUACAUAGACGGAACAUUCAAGAUCGUGACAAAGCCGUUCUACCAGCUAGUCUCCAUCCACGCGUUCAUCAAAUCCGACGGUAACAUGAAACAACUGCCUCUCUGCUUCGCCCUCAUGUCUGGCAAGAAGUCCAAGGACUACAAAAAGCACGAGUACGAGCAGAAUGGCAGCGUUUAUAAUCUCCUACGAAAAGUCUUCGCGCUGCCGUUCCUACCAGCCGACGACAUCGCCGAUGCCUUCCAGAAACUGAGCGAAAAGGUCGACGCUUCCGCCGUCCGUCUCACAGCGUACUUUAAUUAUGUCAGAGAAACUUGGAUCACCAACACAAUGUGGCCAUUUCCAUCCAUAUCGGUCUACGGGCGCAGCAUACGGACAAACAAUGACGUGGAAGGAUGGCACAAUAGAAUCAGGAAAAGGCAGUGUUUAUGUAUAUAUGUUUAUAAUAUAAUAAUUCUCAAACCACUUAGUUUGUAUAUAUUAUAUCAUGAAUUUGUAUUUGUAUAUCAUGUUAUGUGUCCAUUGAUAGAAAAUAAAGGUCUGUCUUACAUUUCAUAAACGUUUCGUGUAAAUAUUCUUGUUCUAUGUGUUUGUAAAUAAUAUAUGAUUGUUCCGUUUCAGGUAAUCAUCUCAUGGUUGCAUUUAAUUGACAUUUCUAAACUCGAUUUCGUUGUUUAGAUAUUCAUAAAUGAUAAAAAUCUUGUCUUAGUCUUUGUAAAUAUGAUUGCUGUUUCAUGAUUUCAUAAUUACGUAUAACUUGAUAUAUCUAAAAGUUUCGAUUUCGUUGUUUAGAUGUAUUCAUUAAUGUUUUUAUGUAAAUUUAAUUUCUUUAAAAUUUUGUUCCAUGGUACAUAUGUUGAUAUUAUACAGUUCCGUGAAUCGUUUAAAAUGUGA